GCGGCGGAGGGGCGGGCCGGGAGGUGGCGGGGCGCGCCGGUGCUGAUGCAGGAUGGCUGAGCGCGCAGGAGCCCGGGAGGUCUGAGCCGGGCGAGGCUCGCUCCCUGCGCAUCGCCUGCAGUGCCCGCCGCGUGGUCGCGGGCAGGUGGGCCCCGGGGGCCGCGCACCGGGUCAGGGUCUGCAGCGGAGGGGGUGUGUGUGGGGAGAGGCCCUCACCCGAGGGACUGCCCACCUCGCCGGGAUCCGAGCGGCCGAGUUUGCCAUGAGCUGCUGAGAGGCGUCGUGGGAGGCUGCAGGCGGCGGCCUCGCUGCGGGCGGUGCGGUGCGCGGCCUCCUGCCCGGUGCUGCGGAGCGCGGGCCCCCCACCCAUCCCCGCGCCCCCACCCUGCCGCGGGCGGAGAUGGCGGACCCAGCCGAAUGCAGCAUCAAAGUGAUGUGCCGGUUCCGGCCCCUCAACGAGGCGGAGAUCCUCCGCGGGGACAAAUUCAUCCCCAAAUUCAAAGGCGACGAGACCGUGGUCAUCGGGCAGGGGAAGCCGUAUGUCUUUGACAGAGUACUGCCUCCCAGCACCACCCAGGAGCAGGUCUACAAUGCAUGUGCAAAGCAAAUUGUCAAAGAUGUCCUUGAAGGUUAUAAUGGGACGAUUUUUGCAUAUGGACAGACCUCAUCGGGAAAAACACACACGAUGGAGGGGAAGCUCCAUGACCCUCAACUCAUGGGCAUCAUACCAAGGAUCGCACAUGACAUCUUUGACCAUAUCUAUUCCAUGGAUGAAAACCUGGAGUUUCACAUCAAGGUAUCUUAUUUUGAGAUCUACUUGGACAAAAUUAGGGACUUGCUGGAUGUAUCCAAGACAAACUUGGCUGUUCAUGAAGAUAAAAACAGAGUCCCGUACGUGAAGGGCUGCACGGAGCGGUUUGUGUCAAGCCCCGAGGAGGUCAUGGACGUGAUAGAUGAAGGCAAAGCAAACCGACACGUGGCUGUAACAAAUAUGAACGAACACAGCUCUAGGAGUCACAGUAUCUUCCUGAUUAAUAUUAAACAAGAGAAUGUAGAGACGGAGAAAAAACUCAGUGGGAAGCUUUAUCUAGUUGAUUUGGCUGGGAGCGAAAAGGUCAGCAAAACUGGUGCCGAGGGAGCCGUUCUUGAUGAAGCUAAAAAUAUCAAUAAGUCUCUGUCUGCUCUUGGAAAUGUGAUCUCGGCCUUGGCAGAGGGAACAAAAACACACGUGCCGUACCGAGACAGCAAGAUGACUCGGAUUCUCCAGGACUCCCUGGGGGGGAACUGCAGAACCACCAUCGUUAUCUGUUGUUCUCCGUCUGUCUUCAACGAGGCUGAGACCAAGUCAACACUGAUGUUUGGACAAAGGGCUAAGACCAUCAAGAACACAGUGUCUGUGAACCUGGAGCUGACGGCGGAGGAAUGGAAGAAGAAAUACGAGAAAGAGAAGGAGAAGAACAAGACCUUGAAAAACGUGAUCCAGCAUCUGGAGAUGGAGCUGAACCGCUGGAGAAACGGGGAGGCGGUGCCUGAGGAGGAGCAGAUCAGUGCUAAGGACCAGAAGACCCUGGAGCCCUGUGAUAACACCCCCAUCAUAGACAACAUCGCCCCUGUGGUCGCCGGCAUCUCCGUGGAGGAGAAGGAGAAAUACGACGACGAGAUCUCCAGUCUCUACAGACAACUGGACGACAAGGAUGAUGAAAUUAACCAGCAGAGCCAGCUGGCCGAAAAGCUGAAGCAGCAGAUGUUGGAUCAGGAUGAGCUUCUCGCCUCCACUCGAAGAGACUACGAGAAGAUCCAAGAGGAGCUGACACGUCUCCAGAUUGAAAACGAGGCGGCAAAGGAUGAGGUGAAAGAAGUGCUGCAGGCACUGGAGGAGCUGGCUGUCAAUUAUGACCAGAAGUCGCAGGAAGUGGAGGACAAGACCAGGGCCAACGAGCAGCUGGCGGAUGAGCUGGCCCAGAAAACGACUACCUUGACAAGCACACAGAGAGAGCUGAGCCAGCUACAGGAGCUUAGCAACCACCAGAAGAAGAGGGCCACGGAGAUCCUCAACUUGCUGCUGAAGGAUUUGGGAGAGAUAGGUGGGAUUAUUGGCACCAAUGAUGUGAAAACUCUAGCGGACGUGAACGGAGUCAUUGAAGAGGAGUUCACCAUGGCCCGGCUGUACAUCAGCAAGAUGAAGUCAGAAGUGAAGUCCCUGGUGAACCGCAGCAAGCAGCUGGAGAGCGCCCAGAUGGACUCCAACAGGAAGAUGAACGCCAGCGAGCGGGAGCUGGCAGCCUGCCAGCUGCUCAUCUCCCAGCACGAGGCCAAGAUCAAGUCCCUGACAGACUAUAUGCAGAACAUGGAGCAGAAGAGGAGGCAGCUGGAAGAGUCCCAAGACUCGCUGAGUGAGGAGCUGGCCAAGCUCCGAGCCCAGGAGAAAAUGCACGAAGUCAGCUUCCAGGAUAAGGAGAAGGAGCACCUGACGAGGCUGCAGGAUGCCGAGGAAAUGAAGAAGGCGCUGGAGCAGCAGAUGGAGACUCACCGGGAAGCCCACCAGAAGCAGCUGUCCAGACUCCGAGACGAAAUCGAGGAGAAGCAGAAGAUCAUCGAUGAGAUCCGGGACUUGAAUCAGAAGCUGCAACUGGAACAGGAGAAGCUCAGUUCUGAUUAUGACAAGCUGAAAAUAGAGGACCAGGAGAGAGAGAUGAAGCUGGAGAAGCUCCUGUUGCUCAACGAUAAAAGGGAACAAGCCAGAGAGGACCUCAAGGGGCUGGAGGAGACAGUGUCUCGGGAACUGCAGACGCUGCACAACCUCCGUAAGCUCUUCGUCCAGGACCUAACUGCGAGGGUCAAGAAGAGCGUGGAGCUGGACAGUGAUGAUGGAGGUGGCAGUGCUGCCCAGAAACAGAAAAUUUCCUUCCUGGAGAACAAUCUGGAACAACUCACUAAGGUGCACAAGCAGCUGGUCCGCGACAACGCAGACCUGCGCUGUGAGCUGCCCAAGCUGGAGAAGCGGCUGCGCGCCACGGCCGAGCGCGUCAAGGCGCUGGAGAGCGCCCUGAAGGAGGCCAAGGAGAACGCCAUGCGCGACCGCAAGCGCUACCAGCAGGAGGUGGACCGCAUCAAGGAGGCCGUGAGAGCCAAGAACAUGGCCAGGAGGGCGCACUCAGCCCAGAUCGCCAAGCCCAUUCGCCCUGGACACUACCCAGCAUCGUCUCCAACAGCUGUUCACGCCGUCCGAGGUGGGGGAGGCAGUUCCACCCACUACCAGAAAUAAAAAUAAGACUCUCCACGUAGCAUGUCAAGGACUACAAUAAUCAACAGUUCCUUAAUUUUCUUCCUCCUACCCAGUCCCCAUUUUCUUUCACACUCGCUUCCCCGGGCCAUCUGCAGUACACCGGGUUCAGGUAUUUGAGCUGUGUAGAAUUUGUGUGUACAGACCUGUGCCAGGACUUUUCCUAGGAGACCUGAAGGAGACGACCGCAGAGGAUCCACUCGCUCCCGGGAACCAUCGCCAUGGACCUGCUGUCUAGUGCCCCACAGGGCCAUUCCCCAGAGGGAACAACCAAGUGCCGAGGUGGCGAGGGAACCUCGCUCUGUUGCCUGCCUUGGUGUCCUGUAAAAUAAACACACGACUUUAUAUUUUUAGGGAACAAAAAGUGCUGCUAUAGGGUUCACAGUUUUCAUUCUGAACACUUUUCUGAAACCAAUGACCCCAAAGAAGCAUUUUGAUGACCUGGUCACCUCUUUGGAAUCUGUAAAUGACACCUUUCAGUAUGGCACUGGUUCAGAUGGCAAAGCAGAUUUCAAGACAGGACAGACAAAGAUACCAAGCUGAAAGUACCCAUAUCGAGUUUGUUCAUCCAGACACAUCUGUGUAAAUGCAAAAAGUCAUAAAAUUCAUAUCUAAGCUUCUUGCAAUCUAUUGGCCCUGCAGCAACUAGUCUCAGCCAGCCCAGUUCCUUCAGAGGUGUAGAAAAAUGCAGCCAAGGUGGAAGAGGGCUGCCUGCCUCCUGGCUUCCUCCUGGAGCUUGGAAUUGGGGCUGACCUCUGUUUCUGAGGAACCAUCUUAAACCUGCAGGGAACAUGGCUGAAGAAGUGCUGGAUCCAUGCAGCCUUUGAACAAGGAAGCCCUGGUGGGGAUGGGGUGGGGUAAUUGACAAAUUUUUGUGCCUAUGAAUAAGUUGCCAUGAACCAGCCGUAAUUUUAACCGAUCAUUGCAGACUGUAGAUUGACGUUCCCUGGCAUCAAAUAGGUAGGUUUCAUUUUCUUAGGCAGAGUUAGAAGAAAUCACUCCAGGUAGAUGUUUACAUUUACCUGCGGCUUUCUUCAAAACCAUGAUUCUAAAGUGGAAUUCACGCUCAUUUCUAGUUUGUGCAUAUUAAAGAGAUUUCCAGGUAGUAAAGUUUUCAGGGACAGUGACAGGGAAUCCAUUGAGUUGGUCUUGUGUGCUGCUACUUGUUUGGAUGAAUGGAGGUUAGGUCAACGAUGGGCCAGGCCCGUCUCAGUGAGAGACCCCUCCCUCUUGUUGUGCCUGCCGGUGACAAGCCAGCUGGCAUUACAUUGCCCUGCUGCCUCCGCUGCUGGAUGCAGUGAAUCCAGGGGAGCCUGAGGCUUUCUCAAGGCUCUCUGGUCAAUGACAGCUUAAGAGUGUGUGUAGAAGAGGAUCAAUUGCUGGGGACUAUGACUCGACUUCCAGGCUCUACUUAUUUCACAUGUUUCUAACAAAGUAGAACUGCUUUCACUUAAUUUACGUGUUGCACUUUGUGUGUGUGUGUGUGUGUGUGUGUGUGUGUGUGUGUUGUUUACGUGGGUAGGGGAAGUUGGGAGAGAAAAUGAAUGAUAAAUUGUAUUUAUUUCAUAAAGAUGAUAAUUUUGCCUUUAUUUGCAUUCAAAUUAUUCUUCUGUUUGAUUUUCUUAACUUGUUUUAAAUAUCCACUCAAUAUAACUGCUCAAAGUUAGCUAUCUACAAGCUGAUAAAAAGGGUCUUUGUAGGGUAGAUUUUUGCAAAUGUUGUAUAUAUUAUGGAUUAUAACCUUACUAUUUAAUACAUUUCCUUCUGAUUUUGGAAGCAUUUCUUUCUGAUGGGUUUGCCCAUUAAUAGCUGUCAUGCACUGUAGUUCAUUUUGCAACAGUACUGUUUUGUGUUUGGAAGUUGAACAAAGGUUAAUAAUGUUCUUGGCUCUAUUAAUGGAUUAUUUCGUAUUCUUUCCAAAGAUGCUUUCCAGUUUUCCCUGGGUACCCUUUUUUUACUUCUAAAGGAUUGUGUGGCCCUUUCAUGUUUCAAAAGAAGCAUUCACUGUAGUUCCAUAUUUCUUGAUCUCUUCAAGGCACUCAGAAAAUUCACUUUACUUUCCUUCACAGAGAAAGUUGGCUUUGAUGUCUCUUAAAGGUAAGUGUGCUAGUUGCUGAUCAGCCAGUCAGUUCACCUAGCCUCAGUCUUUACAGACCUUUAAGCUAAUUUUCCUACACUGUGUCUAAAAGGUAGGUGGAUUAUUAAAAUGGAUUAUGCGGCAAACUCAAAUGAGUCCCUAAAUAUUACUUUAUAUAUUUAGUGGUACUAUUGCUAAGUAUUACCAAAAUUAUUACAAAUAAUUUAGUAAUAAGCUUUAUCAGCACCAUAAGCCACAUUUUUAAAAACCACAUUUAUGCAGUUUUUUGUUUUAUAGAACAAUUAUUUCCUUACAUUUGUACUAGAUAAACCAGGCCUCUGAAGAGCCAAAUAGAUAGUUAUAUUUUUAUUUGUCUGCUCUGUUUUUUGUUAGUGUGUGUACAUUUCUUCCCUGUGAGACAUUUUAAUAUUCCAUGCUAAUUCUCAAAAGGUAGACUUUUUGAUGCUCUAAGGGAAUAGUCAGACGGUUUCUACAAAUAAUCUACUGGCAGGAGGGUGGAUUGUUAAAUUAGGGGAAUGCUAUUUGAAAUAUCAAAAUGUAUGGCUAGAAAUUGAAGUAGAGUCAUGCCAAAUGUAUUUGGUUCAUUCCUAGAGAAUCCCAUGUAGAGCAGCCUCCCUUUUAAUGCCGCGUAGUUUUCUUUUGUUGAGUGGCAGGUAGUAGUGAGAACAAUAUGCGUGGGUUGACUUAACAUAGUAUUUGAAUAAGAAAAAUAGAACUCAUAAGAAAUAUUGGGAUACAUAAAAAAAAUUUUUUUAAAGUUUGUCUAGAAUCUAGUGUAUCUAGUGACUUCUUGAAGCCCUAAAUUCACACAAGGGAAAGAAUAUAUCGAGGGCCAGAGUUGGAGGGCCAACCAGCCCUCCUUCCUGAGAGCAGUAACUUAAGGCAAAAGCCCAUCCGUUUGUCUGUCUGAUGGGGCCAAAGAUGCAUGUCCUGUGGCACUGUGCCCUCCUGGGGACAUUUCCACUUCCUUGUCUCACCCUGACUGGCGUGAGCUGAAGCAAGCAGUGUAGUGUCAAGCGGCUUCAUUUCACACUUAACCACUUAGACUGUUAUAAAGGAUUGAAUAAGGGCCAGGUAACUGCUGAGAGAAGCUCUGUUCCAUGCAUUCGGCGUAGACAUUUAUAAAUUGUGUAUCUGUUUCUUGAGACUUUUCAUUGUGUGCGAACUGAAGGGGGGAUCGGGCAUUCUGUAGAACUCUCUGUGUCUGGUUUGUAAAGUUCGUAGCGUGUACUGCAGAUGUGUAUUCUCUGGGUUUUCUGUAUCUGUACAGUAGAUUUCACUAAUAAAAAUAAAAACCAAAACGAAACAAAAAAAAACACCACAAAUUUGUGGACAAACUUGGUGGUGGUGCAGAGGGGAGAGUGGCUGUUUCUUUCGUGAUGAUGCUGUAAUAUAGUCUGUGUCACAAAAGGUUGGUUAUCGUCUAGGUUCUGAAACGAAGACCUAUGGCUACUCUGGCAGACUGCAUGUUGUAUAAUUCGACAAAUACUCAAAGUGGAAAAUAAAGCUGAAUUAAACUUUGA